UGACGCCCGUCCGCGGCCUCAGCGGCCUUCUCCGCUGCGUGCGCCCCCUUCCGCCUGACGCGCCCCCGGCGGCGGCCGCGCAGCCCUGGCUCCUCGCGGGCUUGGGCGGCGGCUGCGGCGGGGCCAUGGCGAGUGGCGGUGGCGGUGGCGCUGGUAACACCGGCGCAGGUGGGGGCUCGGGGCUGGGCCUGAGCCUCGGCCUGGGCCUGAGCCUAGGCAUGGGUGAGGCCACCGGCGAGGCGGAGGAGGAGGCUGCCACGGCCGAGGCGGUGGGACGCCUGGCCACGGCUCUGUGGCUGCGGCUCCGCGGCUGGGAGGCGGUGCUGGCGGCAGCGCAGCGGCUGCUGGUGUGGGAGAAGCCGCUGCACAGCCUGGUCACGGCGGCCGCGCUCAACGGCCUCUUCUGGUUGCUGUCUUCUUCCUCCCUACGGCCCUUCUUCCUACUCAGCAUCUCACUUUUGGCCUAUUUUCUGUUGGAUCUCUGGCAGCCUCGCUUCCUCCCUGACAUCUCAGCAUCCUCCCCAGAGGAGCCACACUCUGACAGUGAGGGUGCGGGGUCAGGCGCCCGGCCGCACCUGCUGAGUGUGCCCGAGUUGUGCAGAUACCUGGCUGAGAGCUGGCUCACCUUCCAGAUUCACCUGCAGGAGCUGCUGCAGUACAAGAGGCAGAAUCCAGCUCAGUUCUGUGCUCGCGUCUGCUCUGGCUGUGCUGUACUGGCUGUGCUGGGACACUAUGUUCCGGGGAUUAUGAUUUCCUACAUUGUCUUGCUGAGCAUCCUGCUGUGGCCCCUGGUGGUUUAUCAUGAGCUGAUCCAGAGGAUGUACACUCGUCUGGAGCCCCUGCUCAUGCAGCUGGACUACAGCAUGAAGGCGGAAGCUGAUGCCCUGCAUCACAAACACGACAAGAGGAAGCGGCAGGGGAAGAAUGCACCCCCCGGAGGUGAUGAGCCACUGGCGGAGACAGAGAGUGAGAGUGAGGCAGAACUGGCUGGCUUCUCCCCAGUGGUGGAUGUGAAGAAAACAGCCCUGGCUUUGGCCAUUACAGACUCAGAGCUGUCAGAUGAGGAGGCUUCUAUUUUGGAAAGUGGUGGCUUCUCCGUAUCCCGGGCGACGACUCCACAACUAACUGACGUGUCGGAGGAUUUGGACCAGCAGAGCCUGCCAAGUGAGCCAGAGGAGGCCCUGAGUCGGGAGCUGGGGGAGGGAGAGGAGACAGACCUGGCCCCUCCCGAAGACCUGCUGGGCUCCCCUCAGGCCCUCUCAAGGCAAGACUUGGACUUGGAGGAGGAAGAAGAUGUGGCAUCCAAGGAAACCUUGCUUCGGCUCUCAUCCCCCCUUCACUUUGUGAACACGCACUUCAAUGGGGCGGGGUCUCCCACAGAUGGAGUGAUGCUCUCCGCUGGAGGACCAGUGGAGACACCGAGCCCAGAGGCAGUGAGUGGUGAUCUCAUCACUCCACCUAGCGCCCUGUCACCCCUACUUUGCCUUGCUGAAAAUGACCCGGCCCCUACCCCCUCAGUACUCCCGCCUCUUCCCCAGGACUCACCCCAGCCCCUGCCUGCCCCCGAGGAAGAAGAGGCACUCACCACUGAGGACUUUGAAUUGCUGGAUCAGGGGGAGCUGGAGCAGCUGAAUGCAGAGCUGGGGUUGGGGCCAGAGACAUUCCCAGAGCCCGCUGAUGCUCCCCCGCUAGGGCCCAAUACCCCGUCUCUGGUACAGUCAGCCCAAGAGGCUCAGGCCAUGGCAGAGCCAUGAACCCCAGGGGAAGGAGUUGCAGGCACAGUAGGGCUUCUUGGCUAGGGAUGUCACUGUUUCCUCCUUUCCCUACUGCGCUGGGGAGGAGCAAUAUGUGGGGAAGCUGGCUAUCAGAUGGAGCCAGUCCGCCCUCUGCCUGCCUGCCUGCCUGCUGUCCUGGGCCUGGUACAGUACCUGGGAUUGGUUUUAAGCUUGUAAAUAAUUUUACAUUUGGGUUAGUGGAUGUGAACAGGGCUAGAAGAGUCCUUCCCACUUGCUUCCCUGCCUCAACUCUAGUCUCAUUCCACGAUGCCCCAAGCCCUGGUGGUCUGUCCCUUUCUUUUUCCUCCUAUCCUCAGGGACCUGUGCUGCUCUGUCCUUGUGUCCCACUUGGUUGUUUAGUUCAGGCACUUUAUCAUUUUUCUCUCCUGUGCCACGCUCCUCUCUGCUUUAUUUCCCUGCUGUGUCCUGUCCUUAGCAGCUCAAUCCCCACUCUUUGCCAGCUCCUCCUUCCCAGCAGGCCCCGGCAAAGCUUUAGGGAGGCUCCUGUCUGGGAGGUGCAGACGAAGCCCGGGGUGGUGGGUCAGGUCAGUAGUUAUGCACUUAGUCGCUGUAGCCCGUGUAUCCUCCACUGCACCCUUGCCCUGGUUCAUCCCAGCCUUUCCCAAUGCAGGAUGGGAGCAGGGAUCCCACAGCACAUGCGCCAGCACUACGUUAGUGAGCAGGAGCUCUGUCUUGUGGGGCGAGGGGCUUUCUUACUAUCUUAGGGAGGAAUAAGGAGACCUGCUUCUCUGGGCCAUGGUCCAAGUGUGGUGGGACCCCCUACUAGGGUCAGGAAUUGGACAGUAACAUCUGUGCAGGUGUUGACUGGAACAAUAAAGUAUUGAUGGCUAGAACUGCUGCUGCCUGCCUGCCUGCCUCACUGUGAGCUAUCGCCCUCACUCUGUGCUCUGCCCUUAUUUCAUUGUCCCCCACCUCGCUCCUGGCUGUUUAUUUACCUUCGUGCAAAACAAGGCAAGAAGCAAGAAUUUACCCUGACAGACGUAAGUAACCUGCCCUUAGCCGUGUUCUCUGAUGCUGUGAUAUACUUGGUGAGAUUGAGCACGUCCAAAUAAAUUGUAUGCAGGAGGAAA